UAAGAAAACCAAAAACACGCUAUAAAGCACUUCCAUUUAUUUAUCCUUUGGCUUGUGGUUUUCAAUUGAUAUGAUCUAAUCGUCCAAUCCUAUGAUAACGAGAUGUUCAUACAAAUAAUAAAAUAAGUCUCGUCGUCAAUUAUUGUCCAUUUCAGUUUACUUCGAUCCACAAUUCGCAACAAUCUCUGAUUCUUAAUUCUUCAAGCAGAUGCAGCUCCAAGAUGGUUCUGUUGGUAAAGUGAUUAACCUUUCACAUGUUCUGGCUGCGUCCUUCGCCGGAAUAAUUGUGGAGUCAAUGGUGAUGAGAGACCAGAAGAUCGUUCCCCGCAUGGACAAGACAGACUCUGGUCGUGUUCAAAAGCUUGAGAAGUUCUCUCACUAUGUUGCCAGGCAAAUGGGAUUUGUAGAGAACGAGGUUCCGGAGCUGUGUAGAUUGGCACACGAGUAUUUGAUAAAACCCAAGGAGAGUGAGGAAAACAUAUCUGAAUAUAUUGGACACCAGAAGGACCCUACUUUAUACGGGAAAUUGAUCGAUGAGUUUGACAGAUGCAUCCUUAGUUAUUUCGCAUUUCAUUGGAACCAAGCUUCUUAUGUCAUUAGUCAGGUAUUGAGUGUUGAGUCCCCUAAGAAAAUAGAGCUAAAAAAGAUUCUAUUGGCAGCUACAAGGCAACAAAGGUUUGAGAUAGUGACCAAGAAUCUAAAGGUGGCAAGAGUGUUCUCUACAUUAGUAGAAGAGAUGAAAGCAAUAAAUACAAAGGUUGACUCACAAAGAAAGAAAGAUACAAUCCCUAGUUCCCAAAGUGAGAGGAGUCCAGUGUUGCUACUUAUGGGAGGUGGCAUGGGAGCUGGAAAAAGCACUAUUCUUAAAGACAUUCUUAAAGAAUCAUUUUGGUCAGGAGCAGCUUCAAAUGUUGUGGUGGUUGAGGCAGAUGCUUUUAAGGAGAGUGAUGUCAUAUAUAAAGCCCUUAACUCUAGGGGUCACCAUCAUGACAUGCUCCAAACUGCUGAAUUGGUACAUCAAUCUUCCAUAGAUGCUGCAUCAUCUCUACUAGUGACAGCUCUAAAUGAGGGUCGAGAUGUGAUCAUGGAUGGUACCUUAUCUUGGGCACCAUUUGUGGAGCAGACUAUUGCCAUGGCAAGAAAUGUUCACAAAUACAAGUACCGAAUGGGAGUAGGGUAUAAAGUGGCUAAAGAUGGAACAAUUAUUGAAAAUUACUGGGAGCAAGUAAAUGAGACAGAAGAAAAACAUCAACCAGAGGAAAAUUAUGACAAAGAACCAUGCAUGCAAAAGCCUUAUAGAAUUGAGCUAGUUGGUGUGGUUUGUGAUGGAUACCUAGCUGUUGUUAGGGGCAUUAGGAGAGCUAUUAUGACGGGAAGGGCAGUGAGGGUGAACUCACAAUUGAAAUCUCAUAAAAGAUUUGCUAAUGCAUUUCCAAGAUUUUGCAAACUUGUUGAUAAUGCUAGGCUUUAUUGCACAAAUGUUGUUGGUGGUCCACCAAAGCUCAUAUGGUGGAAGGAUGAUGAUCACAAUCUAGCAGAGGAUCCCAAAGAUAUCGAAUACUUGGAAAUGAUACGCAGUGUAAAUGUUGAAGCUAAUUCCAUCUACGAACUUUACAAGGAACCCAACAUAAUAAUGGGACCAGGUUCUAUUUGGAAUGACAUUGUUCUUUCACCUUCAAGGUCUAAUGAUCAAAAGGAAUUGAGGAAAUCCAUUCAGGAAAUAGAAAAAUCCAUCAGGAAACGGUAACCAAUAUUAUUGCAUGGUGUGUUUCUCCAAAGCCAUGUAUUGGAGUAUCUAACAUAGUUUGAGGUAUCAAGUUUUGUGUACGUUUAUUCGUUAUUCCUAUGGUUUAACGACAAAAGAUUACUAGGGAGAAGGAUAAGUACUACAAUGAAGUCGUUUUCUUGGCAAAUAUGCAAUGUAUGUGUGUGUGUAAAUAUGUUCAUAUAUGCUUCAGUGGGGGCAUUUUUAGCUAAAAUGUAAAAUCAAAUGUAUAUAUCUCUUAUUGACACUCCAAUAUUGAUGUUUGAAACUUAGUAUCUAUUUAUUGAAUAAAAAUAGACAAGCUAUGGUGUUCUUAAGAUGAACUAGGUUCAUAAAUCCA